AUGAGCUCCGCGAUUGUAGCUCAAGCUCAGUCAUAUCUUUCGGGGAUCCCGUUAGAUGUGAUAUCGCAAGGUGCCGAGGCUGUUGUUUUUUUGACGACGGUGCAUCCAUAUCUUUCAGGGUCCAUGCAUCCUUCAGAUAUACAAAACUCUUCCAAAUACAUCAUCAAGUAUAGGCCGCCAAAAACAUAUAGACACGAGGUCCUGGAUAAACAGCUAACAAAAUCUCGCACAGCUGCAGAAGCAAGGCUUCUUAGCAAGCUGUAUACCCUGGAAAUCCCAGCUCCGAAACUAAUCGCUCUCGAUGCACCACAUGGCAUGAUAUGGAUGGAAUAUCUGGGCUUCGAACUUCCCAACGGACAUAUCAGCUCUUUGAAAAAUUGGCUGUGGUAUUUGGAGAAACAACAGGAGGGCAAUACCACUGCAUCCAUUGCCUUGGCAGACUCUGUCAAGCAAGUACUGAUAUUAGUUGGACAGGCCAUAGCAAAACUCCAUUUGCAGGACAUAGUUCAUGGAGACCUCACAAGCUCCAACAUACUUCUUGAGCAGAAAAAAGAAGGUUUGCAACCUACCCUCAUAGAUUUCGGGCUCUCCUCAUAUUCGCCUUUAGCAGAAGACAAGGCUGUGGACCUUUACGUCUUGGAACGAGCAUUAACUUCUACUCAUCCAGUUUAUUCAAAAACAUACAACAAAUGGCUGCUUCAAGGUUACGAAGAGACAUAUAGCAAGAAAACAAACAACAAGCGCAAGUACACAGAAGUGAGCAAACGCCUUGAGGAUGUUAGAUUAAGAGGACGGAAGAGAUCAAUGCUUGGCUAG